UGACCGCAUACAGAAAAUGGCGGCUUCAUCUCAUCUCUUUGCACUCCCUUCGCGUCUGCAUACAGCUUCUCCGUUUCUCUCCGCACCAAACCGGAAUCGAGUUCGUAUCAAUGCGAAAUCAUGCCCAGAGAACCAGAGCUUCGAUUCCAACGAACUGGAUUCUUCGUCGGAGACUACCAACAAAACGCAGGAGGAUCAGAAAUCGAUGUCACGGAGACAGUGGAUGACAUGUUUGUGCUUAUCUCCAGCUUUGAUUGGCAAUGCUUAUACCCUUGUCUCUGUACAAAACGCAGCCGCUUUAGACAAGAAACCAGGAGUUUGCCGAAACUGUCAGGGCAUUGGUGCUGUUCUUUGUGAUAUGUGUGGUGGUACAGGAAAAUGGAAAGCUCUUAACCGAAAACGUGCAAAAGAUGUAUAUGAGUUUACAGAAUGUCCAAACUGUUACGGUCGAGGCAAGCUUGUUUGUCCGGUCUGUUUGGGUACAGGUUUACCAAACAACAAAGGCCUUCUUAGAAGGCCUGGUGCUCGUGAGCUACUCGACAAGAUGUACAAUGGUCGGCUUCUUCCCAAUUCGUGAGCAGAUUGUUAUUGAAAAUAUGUUUUUAAACACACAGCAAACAGUUAUGAGGACAGGGAGUGGAAGACAAACUAACACAUCGCCGAUGCAUGGAAAGCUAUAGAAGAAUGUGACGAUUUCAAGAACAUGUUUUUGUAAUGCUGCGAGCUUUGGGUUUGUAAAUUCUAUAAACCUAUAAACAAAUUCUAUAAAUCCGAUAUAAAAUCAACACCCAAUUCUGGACUUAUAUAAUGCAUCCUAGUGUGAACAUUACUUGCAAGAUU